UCAUCCCUUUCCCAGGAGAUUGGAGUAGCGUCGGAGCCGCUGACGCCAUCCUUUCCCGCCUCUGCCUUGCAGGGAGCAUGCGCUUCCUUCCUCACUUCCUCUCCAGGAGAGAGGGAGUGAGGCUACGCCCUAGCGGAUCCGCGGCCGGCUUCUCGUCACAGGAACUUCAGCACCCAAGGGGCGGACAGCGCUCCCUUGCACCUGAAGACCGGACUCAGAGCCCGGAGCCUUGCUAACCUUCCCUCCGGAGCCGCGUCCAGCUCCGCGCGCCACAGGGUUCCCACCACUCUCCCUCCCCUCGCCCGCCCUCCGCGCUCUUGCUCUUCCUGUCGUUAGUCCUCUUUUUCAUUCAUAACAAAAGCUACAGCCCCGGGACCCCGGCGCCAGGCUGUUUCUGAAGCCAGGAGCGAAGAAUGGGGUUCCUGUGGACCGGCACUUGGAUUCUGGUGUUGGUGGUCCACAGCAGCCCGAUUCAAGCUUUCCCCAAACCGGGAGGCAUCCAAGACAAGCCUGUACAUAAUAGAGAAUUAAGUGCAGAAAGACCUCUGAAUGAACAGAUUGCUGAAGCAGAAGCAGACAAGAUUAAACAAACAUACUCUCCAGAAAACAAGCCAAGUGAAAGCAAUUAUUCCUUUGUUGAUAACUUGAACCUGCUAAAGGCAAUAACAGAAAAGGAAAAAAUUGAAAAAGAAAGACAAUCCAUAAGAAGUUCCCCAUAUGAUAAUAAAUUGAACAUGGAAGAUGUUGAUUCAACCAAAAAUCGAAGACUAAUUGACGAUUAUGAUUCAACUAAGAGUGGACUGGACCAGAAAUUUCAAGAUGAUCCAGAUGGCCUUCAUCAACUAGAUGGAACUCCUUUAACCGCUGAAGACAUCGUCCAGAAAAUUGCUACCAGGAUUUACGAGGAAAAUGACAGAGGAGUAUUUGACAAGAUCGUCUCUAAACUUCUGAAUCUUGGUCUAAUCACAGAAAGUCAGGCACACACACUGGAAGAUGAAGUGGCAGAGGUUUUACAAAAAUUAAUCUCUAAGGAAGCCAACAGUUAUGAGGAGAGAGCCAAUAAACCCACAAGCAAGACUGAGAGUCAGACUGGAAAAAUACCAGAGAAAGUGACUCCAAUGGCAGCAAUUCAGGAUGGUUUUGCUAAUGGAGAAAAUGAUGAAACCGUAUCUAACACCUUAACCUUGACAAAUGGCUUAGAAAGGAGAACUAAAACCUACAGUGAAGACAACUUUGAAGAACUGCAGUAUUUCCCAAACUUCUAUGCACUGCUGAAAAGCAUCGAUUCAGAAAAAGAGGCAAAAGAGAAAGAAACACUGAUUACCAUCAUGAAAACGCUGAUUGACUUUGUGAAGAUGAUGGUCAAGUAUGGCACUAUAUCUCCAGAAGAAGGAGUCUCCUACUUGGAAAACUUGGAUGAAACGAUUGCUCUUCAGACCAAGAGCAAGCUAGAAAAAAAUUUUACUGACAAUAUAAGCAAGCUUUUCCCAGCGCCAUCAAUGCAGAGUCAUGAAGAAACAGAUAGUACCAAGCAAGAAGCAGCUAAGAUGGAAAAGGAAUAUGGAACCUUGAAGGAUUCCACAAAAGAUGAUAACCCAGGAGGAAAAACAGAUGAGCCCAAAGGGAAAACAGAAGCCUAUUUGGAAGCCAUCAGAAAAAAUAUCGAAUGGUUGAAGAAACACAACAAAAAAGGAAAUAAAGAAGAUUAUGACCUUUCAAAGAUGAGGGACUUCAUCAACCAACAAACUGAUGCUUAUGUGGAGAAGGGCAUCCUUGAUAAGGAAGAAGCCGAUGCCAUCAAGCGCAUUUACAGCAGCCUGUAAAAAUGGCAAGAAGGUCCUGGAGUCCUUCCACUGUUUCAGAGAACAUCAUAUAGCUUAAAACCCUUCUAAUUCUGUGAUUAAAGUUAUUUUUACCCAAGGAUUAUUAGAAAGUGCUGGAUUUACAGUAGUUAACCUUUUAGAAGUGGUUAAAACAUAGCUUUCUUGCCACAAAAACUAUCUGAAAAGUAAAGUAUGUAAGCUCAGAUUUUGUAUAUAGAAUCCUUAUUUCCUUGUAGAUUUACAUUUUAUAAUCAGAGAUCUGUUGCUUUGGAAAAUCCUGUAAUGGACUGACCUUAAAACUGAACCUUUUUCCCACUGUGCCACACACAUGAGCACCCCUUAAAGAACUGGGGUUCUGUUUUCAAGGCAUGCUGGUUACCAAAGCACCUCAUAGCAUUUAUCUAUUCCAAGAUGUCCUUUUCACUACCAGCUCCCUUGUGGUUGAAAUAAAUUCAUGUUUCCUCAAAGCCCCUAUAGCUUGAGGGAAGCUACCUUCCUUUUUUCCCUUAAGGCUGCUCCUGCGGGUUCUAUUUCAGGCCCAAUGGCACAAAAGGGAACCUGAAAAUUGGACAUAGGAUUUGCUGGAUUUUUAAACAAUUUUCCCCCACUCUUAAUAUUUUUCUAUUAGUGAGUUUUCAGACAUUGAUUUUGUUUAUUAAGAGGGAUAACUAGGUAAUCUCCAAGCAGAAAAUGAGGUCAUAAAUAACACAUAAAGUAAGGUAAAAAAAAAAUUCAUGCCAGAUCUGAAUUAUCUAAACUGGACUUGAUCCAAGCCAAGUUUCUCAAGAGGGCCAGACAGCAGGGUAGAAACAGAGAUAAAAAGCAUCUCCUUCCCUGGGAACCUAAGCAGGUCGAUGCGCUUCCCUGGAGGAAAGGGGUAAUGAGCUGCACAGCCCCACAAACCCUCUUCCUCAGUCACCACCACCACCACACACGCAGCCCUGGCAACGUGCAGCUGCCCCAGGUCCUCCUGACGUGUUAAUGCAAUGUCCCCAAACCAAAGAACGCUUCGCAAAUGUGUUAUUCAGUAUAACGUAAUUACAUAUUUACUAUACAUUUCCGUUGAAAAGCAUAACAAUAAUAUAAUGCUUUGUGUAUUAGCUGUCACUGCUUCAAAUGGCCUUCUGAUACCUGUCUUAACUGCCCCUAGCUGGCAUUUACUUUUUGGUGAGGACUGGGAACUUAAGGGAAAACGGGAGAAGCUGUUUUUCCUGAGUAGGAGACCUCUGUAGCUCCUCCCCUCCCCUCUAGAAUUGCAGAAAUAAACACCAAAGUCUGACACAUACACACACACAAAUACCCGUAAACUCUUAAUGUAUUCCAGAGAAGCCAGCAUUCACUGGUGAGCAGAAAGAAAACUGAAAAACACCUUUGCUCAAACUACAGUUGCCAAAGCACAAUAACUCAGACUUGUUUCAAUGAGUCAUCUUGGAUAAUGUGGCCGACUCUACUUCACCCAUGUCCUGUAGUCCAAACAGGCUGCUUGUACAUCAAAGAGAAAACACUGGCUGUGACUAAAGCAUUUUAUCAUUUGCUUUUCUGUACAUUACCUACAUAUCUAUGCACUAUUUU